AUGGCCCCCAGCCCGCGCCUUGCUAACAUCCUCCGCCCAAUUGGCCUGAUCUGGUUCUCCAUUCGCUUGCACUGGGAAGCAUUCAAGGAUGCGUACCGUCAACACGGUUUCGGAGCAUUUGGGCGCAUAUCGCAGAUUCGAGAUGCCGCCUCAGCAAAGCUGUUCUCUGUGACCUCCAACGGCUUCGUCGCGUUCGAGGACACGACCAUUAUCCCCUCGCUCCUGAAAGCCGCCGAUGGCGUUGUCCUUGAGCUAGGGCCCGGGCCAGGCAACCAGCUGCACCGUUUUGACAUGUCCCGCGUCAACAAGAUCUACGGCGUGGAGCCUAACUCCCGCUACCAGGACGGCAUAAAUGCCAAGCUGCAGAAGAACGGCAUUCAGGAUAAGUACAAGCUCAUCGUUUCCGGCAUUGAGGACAGCGACGUUCUGAGGAAGGAGGGGAUCACCGAAGGCAGCCUGGAUUCCGUGCUGUCCAUCCAGGUCCUGUGCGCGGUGCGGGAUCCAAAGGCCGUGAUGAAGGAGGUGUGGAAGCUACUCAAGCCUGGAGGGAAAUUCAUCUUUUGGGAGCAUGGGUGGAGCAGGAGCUCCUUGACGGUUGCUGAGCAAAUUAUUCUCAACCCUGCUUGGAGCACAUUCGUCGGAUGCUCAAUGACCCGCAAUGUGCUGGGGGACAUUCUCAACGCUGGAGAGUGGGAGAACCCCCAGGAUAUCGAAGAGCCUGAAGAUUUAGUCAGCAUGCUGCCUAGGAUCCAGGGCGUGCUUAUCAAGAAGGCUUGA